AUGUGGGCGAUGGUACACACAGCAAAUUCAACCCCUCAGUUGGACAUACCUACGUUCCAAGGAAAUUAUAAUAGUUGGGUUUCCUUUAAAGAUCUCUUUACGGAGAGUAUUCAUAAUAAUCCCUCCAUGUCCAACGCACAAAAAAUGCAGUACCUGAAGGGAAAAGUAAAAGGGGAAGCAGAAAGGCUUAUUCAACAUCUUCAGAUCAGUUCUGAUAAUUAUUCUGUGUGUUGGGAUAUACUCAACCAUAGAUAUAAUAAUACAAAAUUAAUAUUUACAUCGCAUAUUAAUACAUUGAUGAACAUUCCAUUGAUGCAGCAGCAAUCAUUAAACCAUAUUAAACGCAUUCAUGACACAUCGAUGGAAUGCUUGAAUGCCAUUAAAAAUUUAGGAAUAGAUACUGGAACAUGGGACCCAUUGUUGGUACAUAUAUUAGCACAAAAGUUGGAUAGUGACACAUACAAUGACUAUAUGGAGUCAUUAAAAAACCCUAGAGAAUUACCUAUAUUAAAAGAAUUUUUGAAAUUUUUGGAAACUAAAUUCACAACAUUGGAGACCGCACGUAAAAAACAAGACAACUAUACAUCAAAACCUAAUAGUCAAUUCACAAAUCAAGGAGAUCACAAUACAUUAUUGCAUCACGCGUUUACCUAUAGCAACAAGACACCCGACGCGAACAUUACUCCAUCGAGUUCAACGACUGCACCGAAUUAUGUGCAAAGCAGGUCACACGCGACACUAGAACGUGAUACUUCCGAAAUUUUGCUUGCCACUGUAGCAAUCAAGGUACAGGCUGCAGAUGGUACAUACCACAGAAUGCGUGCUCUUCUCGAUCAGGGCUCUCAAACAUCAUUAAUAACUGAAAACGCGGCACAGAUAUUAAAAAUACCACGUCAAAGAUGCAAGGGGGUAAUUUCAGGAAUAGGUGAUAAGGAAAACAGUUGUAGAGGAGCAAUCACAGUAAAUUGUUCCUCACUAAACAGCGAUUAUACAUUUCAAACAGAAGUAUAUAUUAUGAAAAAUCUAAUCAAGAAUUUACCAAGUUAUACUUUCACCAAACCAAGUUGGCAGUAUUUAGAUCAUAUCAAGUUAGCAGACCCCGAGUUUUUUAUCAGUAAACCAGUGGACUUAUUGCUGGGAGCAGACGUUUAUUCAAAUAUAAUUAUGGAUGGUUUAUGUCGGUCUGAGUCGACAUUGCCAGUAGCACAACAAACACAACUAGGGUGGAUUUUAAGUGGCCAUACUACAACAUAUCAUAAACAAUGUAAUGUUAUAUUACACAACAGUGAGGACAUCAGUCGUUUUUGGGAGAUAGAAGAUAUCUCAGACCGGUCAGAUAUGACGAUUGAGGAUCAAAACUGUAUAAAAUAUUAUCAGUCGACAACUAAGAGGCGGGAGGAUGGAAAAUAUGAAGUGCGAUUACCAUUAAAAUCAGAUUAUCAAGAAAAGUUAGGAAAUUCUAAAAAUAAAUCUAUUGCACAAUUUUAUCAACUGGAAAGAAAAUUCAAUAAUAACACUCAAAUUGCAUCCAAUUAUAAAUUAUUUAUUAACGAGUAUUUAUCGCUCGGUCACAUGACACCGGCGACCACCACAGUCGGUAAUAUGAGUAUCGCUAAUUAUUUACCUCACUUUUGCAUAUUACGGGAUUCAAUUACAACUCAAUUAAGAGUAGUUUUUAAUGCCUCCGCUAAAACUACAAGUAACUACAGUUUAAAUGAUGUGAUGUAUAGAGGUCCAAAUUUACAACAAGACUUACAAAGCCUUAUAAUUAAGUGGCGUCAAUAUAAAUACGCAUUUACAGCAGAUAUAGAAAAGAUGUUCAGGCAAAUCUGGUUAAAUUUAAAAGAUCAGAAUUUACAAAAAAUAAUUUGGAGGGAGAACAAAACAGAAGAGUUAAAGGAAUAUAAUUUAGCAACUGUCACAUACGGGACUAAGGCCGCGCCAUUUCUCGCCAUGAUGACACUUAAACGUCUAGCGCAAGAUGAAAAAAUACACUACCCCAACAGUUCCGCUCCACAAAUUCUAGAAGAAUCUUUCUAUAUGGAUGAUCUUCUUCAUGGCACUCAUUCUACACAAGCAGUACAAUUGAAACAAGAUAUGAUUAAUCUCUUAAAAGCAGAUUCGAUGGCAGUUUUAGGUUGGUUGCAAGGAGAUACAGAUAGAUGGAAACCAUUCGUAGCCAACCGUGUGAAACAAGUCACGUCAAUUAUGCCAUCGUCGUGUUGGAGUUACGUUCAAUCGAAAGAAAACCCGGCUGACUGUGCUAGCCGUGGUCUCACUGCAUCUCAGCUUCGAGAACAUAUUUUGGAAUUGAAGGAUGCUAGAGAAAUAAUUAUUAAAGAAGUGCAGAGAGAAGAAUUUUUUGAGGAAGUGAAAGCUUUAAAAGCAAACAAGUGCUUAAAAAAUAACAGUAAACUCAUCGAAUUCAAUCCAAUAUUAGAUGGAAACGGUAUACUUCGAAUUGGUGGAAGACUGAGACAUGCCAAUAUAGAUCUUGAAACAAAACAUCCUGCGAUCAUUCCGAGUAACACAAGAUUGGCGGACCUCAUGAUUGACGAAGCACAUGAGCUGACAUAUCAUGGCGGAGCUCGUUUAACAACUGCAAUUAUGAGGCGUAAAUACUGGCUUGUAGGUGGAAUUCGAGCUACCAAAAAAUAUACGUCUCUGUGUAAAAUGUAG